CGCGUGGUCUAUUGCCUUUAAAAAGGGUCAAACGUAGUAUAGCUUGGAUCCUUCUAAUUACUUGUCCCUGAUCUCUCCUAGUCUCUCGUCUUCUCUCUCUUUUGUGUUUCCAUCGAUCAUGGGUUCGAAUUUUCAUUACACUAUAGAUCUCAAUGAAGAUCAACACCAUCAACCUUUUUUCUCUUCUCUUGGAUCCUCUCUUCAUCAAAAUCAUCAACAACAACAUUUUCAUCACCACGCUUCUUCUAAUCUCUCAUCUUCGAUGUCACCAUCUCUUUCCUACUUCCCUUUCUUGAUCGACUCUCACCAAGAUCAAGUAUAUUUUGGGUACAACAAUAGUACUUUUCACGGCGUUCUUGAUACCCAUCUCUCCCAACCUCUCGAGACCAACAAGUUUGUAUCGGAUGUCAGUUCAUCAUCAAGCGAUCAAAUGGUGCCAGAGAAGGAGACAAGACUAAAAUUGACGAUAAAGAAGAAGGAUAAUCAUCAAGACCAAACCAAACUUCCUCAAUACCCGACAAAAGGCAAGACAGGAACAAAUACGCUCAAGUGGGUUUCUUCGAAGGUGAGAUUGAUGAAGAAGAAAAAGGCGAUUAUUACCACCACCGACAUCAACAAACAACAUGUUAAUAGCGACCAAUCAUCGAACCAAAGCAAUCUGGAAGGAGAUCAUGAUCAUCACAAUAACAUAUCAACAAAUCAGUACAAUAUUAUUGUCGACCAGAAUGGUUAUAACGGAUCAAGCAACGAUUGCGUGAUUAGGAUUUGCUCCGAUUGUAACACAACUAAGACACCUCUUUGGAGAAGUGGUCCGAGAGGUCCCAAGUCUCUUUGUAACGCCUGUGGCAUAAGGCAAAGGAAGGCGAGGCGGGCCGCAGCAACGGCAACCGGAAUCUCUGACGUAUCGCCACCGGUCCUAAAGAAGAAGAUGAAAAACAAGAACAAGAGAUCAAAUAAUGGAGUUUAUAAUCUCUCCUCUCCUUCGGAUAAGAAAAUGAUCACAGUGGAGGAGGCCGCAGCAGCCAGAGACAUGGAGACUCAGAACAAGUCCUCGAUGCUGUCAUCAUCGUCUUCCUCUUCAGACAAGUUUUAUUUCGACGAUCUAGCAAUACUGUUAAGCAAAAGUUCAGCUUAUCAGAAAGUUUUCCCUCAAGAUGAGAAGGAGGCUGCCAUUUUACUAAUGGCUCUAUCGUACGGAAUGGUUCACGGAUGAUUAUUUUGAUUAAAACUCACCUUGUUGAGAAAUUAGGGAAACUACUCUUAUCAGGUAUAAAAUAAAUCAUACCAUAAUCUUAUAAGUCAUAACUAAUAAUAUCUAGAAUAUUUGUUAGAUUAAAUUUUGUUCUUGCGGUGAUAUAGUGAUGAGUCCAGCUUUAUGAUAAGAGAAAGAGAAUGUUGUGGUUUAAUAGAUUUUGUUUGUAACGCUUGUGUUUCUAUGAUGCGAUAAUGUGGUUGUUCUUGUUCACUCUUCAUGUUUAUUUCUGUGUUAUUAGAUCUGUAAACAAUUUAUCGAUAUCUCGUCAAGCAUUUUAUUUGAUGAAAAUCUUUUUGGCUA